AUGAAAUCAAUUUUCCAACUGAUUUUCCUAAUCUCAUUCUAUAUUUUUGGAAUUUUAAAUGCUUUACAGAUUCAUGAUUCUGCAGAUGUUGCUUCAGUGGAUGGUUCCGUUUUAGGAAACGAAGUUUUUGAUUUGGGUUCUAAAACUGAAACUAGUUUUGAGACUGAUUCUCAAGAAGGUUCAAAAUCUGUUGAUACUCAAAGAGAAAAGUCAAGUACAACAAAAACUACUAGAGACACUUAUACAACCGAAAACUAUAAACCAGAUACCUACACAAAGACUGGGGAAUCCUACGAUGAAUCUGACGCUUUUGAAACCGAGUCGACACGUACUCAAGAUUUAGGUACUUACCAAACCAAUGAUGAAAACACCUCUUCUAAUAUCGGAGAAACCAAGACUACUACAGUUAAGGGUUCUUAUCAGACACUCGGAACUAAAAGCACUGUUAAAACAAACAAAGGAUCAAGGGAAACCCAAAAAUUUAUGAAAAUGAAUCAGACUAGCCCUAGUACUACUUCUCAGGAGACUUCUGACGAUUUUGGGACUGAAGAUUAUACCAAUGAGGACAGUACAUAUAGUGUAUCAGAAAAUGAGAGUACAAGUCAAUCUCAGUCGACUUCUGCCACACCAACUGAAACUGAGACUGGAACUGAAACUGAAACUAAACACAUUGGUUUUGAUGGGGAUGGAUUUUUAAAGGCUGUAUCUAAGUUGGUCAACAUUAGAAAAAGAAUUGGCACAGGAAAUACUUCGGUUACUACAACUAAAGAUUAUCAAAAGGGUGCUACUGGGGAUUAUUCUGAAUCGACAAGUAAACCAAAUAAUCAAGAUAAAGAUGAUGAUGAUGAUGAUGAUCAAGAUUCAUUCUUCAAGAAGUAUGGAAUUCCAGAGUAUGUUGUUUGGAUCAUUAUUUACACAGUACCAAUUGUGAUCAUACUCUUAUUCUGCCUCACUUCUUACUGUUGCUGUUGCAGGAGAUAA